AUGAAGACACAUUCAUUUGUUGUAGCGAAAAGAAUGUGGAAUGUAUUGAGAAUCACAUUUUUGAUGAUGCGGAAAGGUUUUAUGUCAAAGAGGAAGAUGAUUAUAGAUAUGAAUUUGAUGAUGAAGAAAGGGAAAGUGCUAAGAAAAUCAUUGAGCAAUUUAAUGUCAUCUACACAAAAUCGUCACCGGAAUAAAAUUGGUGGCGGAUUUAUGGUACAUGAUUAUGAAUUUUCUUGUAGUAAUAGUCCAAAUCCGGGUUAUUUCAAUCUGUCAAAACGUAAGCAUCAUUUCAAUUUUCCUUGUAUUAAUGCUCCUGAGGUUAUUGAAGAUGAAACUUUACCUUGUUAUCAAUUGUCACCACUUGAAAUUGAAAAUGUGUGUAAGAGUAGUGUGGCUAUGGUGCCUAAGACUCCUGAAUAUACAUUCAAUUUUAGGUUUGAUCCAUCUGAAGAGAGAAAAAGCCCACGUUUUUCUGUGAGGGUUUCUAAUUACUCUGCAUUGGAGGAAAACGAAGAGAUUGGAAAUUGUCAAGUUGAUGAUGAAGCUGAGGAUUUCAUUAGAAAGUUCUAUGAGCAGCUAAGGACGCAAAGCCGUGUCCAAUUGCCGGGGUUUUAA